UCUCAGUAGAGUUUGCAUGGGAAAGAAACGCUUUGAUGAAAGAGCAAAGCAGACGGACACUUUCCUGUCCUGCUCUCCCCACGUGACACUAGGCCCCGCCUCCCUGAGCUCACAGGAGCGCGCUCGUUCACCUGCACGCGCCUUCACUCCGAGCAAAGUUGUCACUGGCAUGAACCCGGGAAUGGCUUCAGACGACUAACUGUUUUCAAGACAACAUUUUAAGAGGAAAAGUUUUUUUUCCUUUCCUUCAAAUGGGAAUUAUAUUCUCGCCUGACAUUUUGGUUAUUUUUUUUGCUUUGUAAAAAAAAAAGAAGAAGAAGAAGAAGAAGACGCUAGAAUCGUUGUUUUCUGGAAAAAAUAAACAUGCCGGAGCGAAUAAGCAUUUCGGACUUUGUGGUUUUAACGAACGAGGACUUGUCUUCGCCUGGGACUUCCAGUUUUCACACGAAAAUGAGCGACUGUCGGAACACGGCUUCAACGCUGGAGGAGUGUCUGGAGAUGGAAAACACAACUUUUCAGAAGAUGAAGAAGUUAAUUAAAGCUAUACACACGUCUGGACUCACCUAUGUGGAGAACAAAGAACAGUAUAUUGAGGUUCUGGAGAAUCUGGGUAAUGGCCACGUGAAUCAGGACAACAAUGAGAUCUUCCCAGGGUUCCUCAACUUGGCUGUGUUUACCAGGGAGGUCACAGCACUCUUCAAAAACCUGGUGCAAAGCCUCAGCAGCAUCAUGACAUUUCCUCUGGAAAAUGUGUUGAAGUCGGAGCUGCGGGACAGCAGAUUAGAGCUCAAGAAAAACAUGGAGAAGAGUCUGAAGGAUUACGACAUCAAAUUAGGGAAGCUGGAAAAGGAGAAGAGGGAGAAAGCCAAGCAGCUGGGGCUGAUCAGGGUGGAGGGGUCGGACGGAGCGGAGGACAUGGAGAGAGAAAAAAGGGUCUUCCAGCUGCAAAUGUGUGAGUAUCUGCUAAAAAUCCAGGAAUUGAAGGUGCGCCAAGGUCCUGAACUUCUCAAGAGCCUUAUCACAUAUUUCGACGCCCAAUUGAGUUUCUUUCGAGAAGGACUGAAAGCUGCGGAGAACCUUUCCCCCUUUAUUGAGAAACUUACUUCUUCUAUUUACAAGACUCGUGUGGAGCAGGACGAGGACGUCAAACAACUCACUCAGUUGAGAGAUUCUCUCCGGUUACUUCUACAAGUGGAGGGGAAAGAGGAAUAUCUUAACAGGAAAAACUCGGGCAACGGAUACAGCAUCCACCAGCCUCAGGGAAACAAGAAAUACGGGACAGAAAAAUCUGGUUUCCUGCUCAAGAAGAGUGAUGGGAUUAGGAAGGUUUGGCAGAAGAGAAAGUGUGGCGUCAAAUUUGGAUGUUUGACUAUUUCCCACAGUACGGUCAAUCGACCUCCAGCCAAAUUGAACCUGCUGACCUGUCAAGUACGACCGAAUCCAGAGGACAAGAAAAGCUUUGACCUGGUCACUCAUAAUCGGACGUAUCAUUUCCAGGCGGAAGACGAGCAGGAAUGUGUGAUUUGGGUGUCCGUGCUGCAGAACAGUAAAGAGGAGGCCUUGAACACGGCGCUGGGAGGAGAUCAGCUUCACCUCCAGGACAGCGGGCUUCAGGAACUCUCUCAAGCCAUUAUUGCAGAGCUUCGACACAUGCCGGGGAACGAGGCGUGUGCAGACUGUGGAGCCCCAGAACCCACCUGGCUGUCCACCAACCUUGGCAUUCUGACGUGUAUCGAAUGUUCUGGCAUUCACCGGGAUCUGGGGGUCCAUUACUCCAGGAUUCAGUCCCUCACUCUGGACCUGCUGAGCACCUCAGAGCUGCUGUUGGCCUACAGCAUCGGUAACACCAGAUUCAAUGACAUCAUGGAGAUGGGGCUCCCAAAUGACUACGUGAAGCCGUUACCACAAAGUGACAUGAAUGCCAGGAAGGAGUACAUUGUGGCAAAGUACGCGGAGCAUCGAUACGUCCAACGAAAAGAAGACACAAACCCGGAGCGGCUUUACGAUGCGGUGAAAACCCGUGACAUCACGGCGCUUCUGCAGCUCUACGCUGAGGGAGCAGACCUGAGCAAGCCAAUCACAGUCCCCGACAGACAGGGGUUUAAGGAGACGGCUCUCCAUCUUGCCGUGCGUCUGGAGGAGAAAAGCUCUCUGGCGCUGGUGGAUUUCCUUUGCCAGAACAGCAACUGUUUGGACAAGCGCACAGCAGAGGGAAACACAGCUCUUCACUACAGCGCCUUGUACCAUAAACCUGAAUCUCUCAAGCUGCUACUCAAAGCAAAGGCGGCCCUGAAUACAGUGAACUCAAAUGGAGAAACGGCUCUUGAUAUUGCCAGGAGGCUGCAGCACUCACUCUGCAUUGAACUGUUGGAGCUGGCUCAGAGUGGGAAGUUUAACUCCCAGAUCCAUGUGGAGUUCAUGUGGGAGACGCAUUCUCAGGAGAUCUAUGACAGUGAGGACGACCUGGAUGAAAGGGUGAGUCCACUUCCAAAGAAUCGUUCCCCCCCGUCCUCGAUCGGAGGCGUUGGAACAGCCCGCUGGUGUGGGAGUAAUGGAGCGAGUACAGGCAGGCCCUGUCAAACCUACGAGAACCUCGAAUUCCUCUAUAAAAAUCCUCCAGCUAACAGCCUCCCAUCAGGAACGCUGAUGCCGCCGCCUCCACUUCCUGCAAAAUCCAUCCUGAGAGGGCGCUCCGACCCCCAGAUCUCAGUCCCCAUGCAGGACGGAAGCUUCCUUCAGCGAAAGCCUUCAAACCCGAACUCCCACUCGUCCAGCCCUCAGACGCACGCCAAACACAUCCCGCCUUCAACCACCGCGGAGAGCCAAAGCCCGAGCGGCAGACUGUCCAGGAGCCCUCACGGACAGGGAGGCUUUCAGCGGGCUCACCGGCAGACCUGGGAUGGCCAUCCCACCAAUUUUUCUGGGUCUCAAAGUUCUGUUACGCCGGCAUCCUCUCAGAACCACAUAGGACCUGUGAGUUCAGAGAAGACGACGUCUUACCGCCGGACCAGCAGUGGAGGAAGCAGCCAGGGGAAGUGCAGUUCUCUGUCUCCAAGCAGCGCUGGCAGCCAGGAGGAGCUGUACUGCAGCUUAGUCGGGAACGGUUCUCCUCCUGGUACUGCUCCUGGUUCUGGUCCUGGUUCUGGUCCGGGUCCUGCUCCUGCUGCUUCACCUGUCAUGCCCUGUGUUCCACGAUCUCGCAGAAAUGCAAUGGUUUCUGGCAGCAGGCCGCAGACCCGAGUCAAAGCUUUGGUGGACUGCCAAUCCGUGGGCUCCGAGCAGCUGGCCUUUUUCAAAGAUGAAGUCAUUGUGGUCACAGACACUAAGGACCCCCACUGGUGGCUUGGCCACAUAGAGGGGGAGCAGUCCAGGAGUGGGACCUUUCCUGCAAACUACGUCCAAAAACUAAAAGGCUGACAUCGGAUUGAUGGGAAAUAUCCACCAAGUGGAAUUUAUUGUUACAGUCUUGAUUUCAACUCACUGGAGGAUCAACCGAGAAUGAACCUCGGGGACACGUGUACAUAAGCUUUUAAAAGGGUUUUCCCAUUUGAGCAGUUACUGAACUUAAAAAACCAACAACUUUCUGCUGUUUUUAAGGAACAAUCAAAGUUUGACCAUUAUUACACAUUUGUGUAAAAUAGAGGAGAACAAACAUUUGAAUCUCAGCGGGGUCUUAAAGAGAUGAUGGAGUUCAAAAUGUUGUCUGCUGCUUUUAGAGUCAGACUUAUGUGGAUCUAAUGCUGUCUCUGGGCCGGUCUGUCUCCAUCGAACACCAGGCGUCUCUGAUAUUUGGCUCAGUCGUCAGGGGUCUGGGCAUAACUCACUGUGAGGGAUCCAGUUUCCCUCGGCUCCAUGGAUCUGUCUCUCGAUAAGGUAACGUCUGUUACCAUAGAACACUUAUCCCUACUGUCUUACAACAAAUGGCACUUCAAAAAUGAGGAAACUCUUUCAAAUAUCUGAAGAUAACUGGUGCAAUGAACACUUUUUUUUACUGUAAACUAAUUUUUCCGUCACAUGCAUCAGUAUUGUAAAUAAAAUUAAAAAAACUAACAACUAAAUGUCACAUUUUACUACUUUUCUUUGCUAUUUGUUGUACAUAUUUAUCUAAAGUUACUAUACUCGUGUACAUUUUUACACUUUUGUCUCAUAUUUUAAUGUCCUGUUAAACUGAUGUUCAACCAGAGAGUCUUAAUGUCUCAGAAUAAAGAGGGAAUCGAAACAAAAAAAAA